CUUUCUUUCUGAACGCUUUUUCUCUUGAUGGUAGUAGUUUGUUAUAGAUACCCGUUUUAUUCCCUUCAUCUUCGCUGGCCAAAUAUCGCUAUAUUCGAUUAUCUUUCAUUUCCCCCUUUGAGGACAUCUCCUCCAUAACCGCACGGUACGCAUACAGAUCCGAAAGCGCCACUCGAAAGGCUUUUGCCUGUUGGUUUGAGGGGAGCGUGCUUCGCGCCGAUUCGCUUCCUCUGUGCUGGAUGAGCCGAGGAGCGACGUUAUCUAUGCAUCGCCGCGUGUAAUCGAUUUGGGAGGGCUACGUGAGAAAUUUAGCUGGAAUAAUCUCGAUUUUGAAGGACUAGAAGUCUCGCGAUAGACACGAUGCCGAUCGGAGAUCUUCUAGCCCAAAUCAGCGGCGGGAAGUCCUCGGACAACCCUGCGCCGGCCGUUCAACGACCGCAGAGCGCUUCUAUCAAACGAAAGGCCGAUGAUGAUCUUACAAGGAAUGACUCGAAGACACCGCGUCUAUUCGCACAGCCUGCAAAACUACCACAGCGACCCGCGGCCUCUACUCUGCCAAAACCGCUGCCGAUCCCUUCAAAGCCUAACAAUGUUGCGAAUCGACCGGCUAGGCCAGUAGUUGCCAGUAGGCCGCCAGCACCACCCCCCGUUGAUCCAAGCAAGCCUAAAGCUCCUCCGAAGAAGGGCUCGUAUGCGGAGAUUCUUGCUCGAGCCCAACGGGCACAAGCCGUCAUGGGCCAGGUUGGGAAAAUUCAGCAUAAAAAGGUGGAGGGGGGAGCUAUCAAGAAGGACAAAGAGAGGGGUGAUGUCAAGGCCGCACCUUUGGGUGCCCAAGGCAGGAAAGCCCCUACUGGCUACAAGGGAUCAUCGAAGCCGGGACAGCGCAACGGUACCAACGGGAAUGCAUCUUCAAAGACUGAUCGGAAUGGCGCUGCUUCUCGACAGCCUUCGAAGGUCGCGGCACCUUCUAGGAAGGCUUCUGUGCCAGAGCCAGAGAAGAAAGUUAAGAAGGCAGCGUUGGCGACUACCGGUUACACCGGAACGGCACGUCCCAAGCCGGGCGCUGCGCUGAAGAAGGGCAACGCCCCACGAGGCGGAGCCCUUCUCAAUGCCCCUCCUCCCCGAUCCAACUCAUCUAGACGAUCACGGUAUGAAGACGAUUAUGACGAGGACAUGGAUGACUUCAUCGAUUAUGAUGACGAAGAAGACGACGGUCAACGCUAUGAUUAUGCAUCGGAUGGAUCAUCUGACAUGGAAGCCGGCAUGGACGACAUCGACGAUGAGGAGCGAAUGGCAGAGCGAAUUGCUCGGCGUGAAGAUGAGCGAGAGCAGCAGCUCGAAAAGUCACUCAAAAUGGCAAAGGAGGAGAAAAAGCGCAAAGCUCUCGAAUCUCUGCGCGCAAAUCGACGCUGA